AUGACGGCCAGCCUCCGCCGCCGCCGCCGCUCGCCGGCUGCGGGGCCGCUGGAGGACGACGACCUGCUCUCCGAGAUCCUCCUCCGCCUCCCCCCGCAGCCCUCCUCCCUCCCCCGCGCAUCCCUCGUCUGCAAGCGCUGGCGCUGCCUCGCCUCCGACCCCGGCUUCCGCCGCCGCUUCCGCAUCCACCACCGUCGCAACCCUCCCCUCCUCGGCUGCUUCGUCACAGACCAGCACCGCCGCCGCCUCUCCUUUGUAUCCACUCUGGAGGCCCCUAAUCGUGUCCCCUCCGGCCGUCUCUCCUUGCAGCUCGGCAACGGCGACCGCUUCAGGCUCCUCAACUGUCGCCAUGGCCUCCUACUCAUGUACAUCGCGUCGUGGAAGCAGAUCCUGGUUUGGGACCCCGUCACUGCCGACCAACACCGCCUAGCCGUUCCCCCGGGCUUCGACUUCAACUUCGUGCCGGUGAUUCACCUGGUCUCCGGGGCGGUGGUUCGUGCUGCCGGAGCCGACCACUUCCAGGUGGUCCUGGUAGGCACAGACAAACAGCAACAUAGAGGAGCAAUCGCCUGCGUUUACUCGUCAGAAACCGGCCUAUGGGGUAAAAUCAUCUCAACCCCGCUUCCACCGGAGGUUUAUUCUGGGAGAAGUUCUCCAUUCAUCAGUUUCAUGAGUGUGCCUUCCGUGCUGGUUGGGGAUUCCAUUUACUGGUUGAUUGCCGGUUAUUCAUUAGUAAUCCUUGAGUUUGAUUUGCAUAGGCAGAACCUAACUGUCAUACGGUUGUCGGAGGAUAUGUUUGCCAAGAAAAAUUGUCAAUUCUUGAUCAUGCGGGCAGAGGGUGGCGGCCUUGGUUAUCUCUUCCUUUCAAACUACAAUGCUAAGUUAUGGAAGAGGAAAAAUGGGUAUGAUGGUGUUGCUUCAUGGGUGCUGGAAAGAACUAUUGAACUGGACAAGCUACUUUCCCUGAAUCCAGAGGAGAAAGACUCCCCAAUUAUGCUUGGGAUUGCUGAGCACAAGAAUUUGGUGUUCAUGUGGACAGUUACCGGCCUCUUCACGGUCCAGCUUGAGUCAUUGGAGUUCAAGGAGAGUUUUGAAACCAACUGUUCGUAUGGCCAUCAACCAUUCGAAGGUGUAUAUACCGCAGAAACAAUCACUGGUGGUGGACAUGAUGGAGCUGCACUGUUGCUCAAUACAUAAGAUGAUUGUCUGGUUCAAUAUGCUAUUAUGAUGUAUUUGUUGAGGAGGUUCUUCCAUCUUAAGAUGUAACCUACGCUACGUAGGGUGCAGGAAUGGGCUUCUUUGCUGCAGGUUCUUCCAUUUUGUAUGCUUGGACCCUACGUAGCACACGCACUGGUCAAGUGGGAAGUUGAAUUGUAGUAGGAGUUAAUUGUUGAAUUUUCUAACUUCGCUCUGUUGUUAUCUAAUUUUGGACAAAAUUGGUCAACUGGGAUGAUAAAGACAGAGUGGCUUAGCUGGAUU